AUUGGAGCAAGAUUCGUAUCCAGCAAUUUGCUAAAAUACAAAGCAAGAAACAAUUAAAAAAGAGGUGGCAAUAGACAUACUAAUUCAAGUCCGUGAGUUCAUCAUUUUCACUAAUUGGAAUCAACACGUUUAGAUCAGAGUGGUGUGAUAGAGAAAUAUGGCGACAAUCUUGAGGAAUUCUUGCAUUUACAUGUGUGUUUGUCUCUUAUUCUCAUGCCUGAACGACACUGCCGAUUGUUUGAACAGCACCAGCGGCCAUGGGUGGAGAAUUGACGAUGAAGCAGAAUUUCUAAUGGGUGGGUCGGAGAUUAGCAGAAGGGUUUUAGGGGGGAAACCACCCGUGGUUUCCUACGAAUCUAUGAAGCAGAAUAAGCGAUACUGCGACGCUGAAGUUUAUAGCAGUUGCUUCCCUACUACCAACAAGCUCUACAAACGACCUUGUGACUUCAAGAAUCUCUGCGAUCGGGAUGCUUGAUCAAGUUUCGUUUUCUUUUCUUGCUUUUGUGUGUAACUUUAAACUACUUGGGAUCAGUCUAACAUUUCCGGUUGUGUUUGUUUGGAGCAGCUGUUGUUAUUGUCGGAAGGAGAAAUGUUAAGUGAUGUGAUGGAGAGUCUUCUCACUGUUGGUUCAAUUCUUUUAUCUCGUUAUUACAUGAACAAUGAGUUAUUUAAAAUGAAUAAUAUAAAGAUAACAUACCCAUAUAUAUAUAAUUGCAUUGACUUGUUCUACUGCAAAGACUUGCAAGUCUUCUUUCUCAAGCUUUAAUCUUUUCAUUUCUGGCCUCUUCCUUCAUAUAGAGUUUGAUUGCAGAGAGCUCUGUUCAGCAGCCUGAGCUGAAACCUCUUCUAUUCCCCCAUUAAAAAUGCUGCUCACCUACUCUCUUUACCUUCUCCUUCUCCUCCACAUCUUUCCAAGAAUCCCAACCACCUCUGCCGCCACGCCUGCAUACACGGCCACCGAUCUCAUCCUCCUCAACUGCGGCUCACUAUCAAACUUGAACGAUACCAGCAGUCGGAGCUGGGACAGCGACGAGCGUUCAAGCUACGCUCCACCAAACGCCGCCAGCAUAUCUUUGAGCUCCAUGGCUUCCACUAUGGCCCCCUCCGUUUUCCAAGUCCCUUAUCAAACGGCCCGUGUUUUUCGUUCCUCGUUCACCUACGCUUUCCCCGUCCUAACAGGCGCGAAAUUCCUUCGCCUUUACUUCUACCCCGACACCUACUCCGGCUUCAACACUUCUCAAUCUUUCUUCUCGGUCACUGCCAAUGGCUUCACUUUGUUAAGCAACUUCAGUGCUUUUCUGAACUCCCCGUCGCCUUCAAGACCUUCCUUUAUGAAAGAAUUUGUCGUCAAUGUUCAAGAAAAACAGAGGCUGGAUGUGACCUUCUCCCCGAAUCAGAACUCUUUUGCCUUUGUCAAUGGGAUUGAAAUUGUUUCACUUCCAGAUAAACUCUAUUUCCGGGGAAACGAUGUGCCCAUCAAAUUUGUGGACCAGCUGUUUUAUCUCAAGGACGAUACCGCUCUGGAGAAUCUUUACCGGCUAAACGUGGGCGGCGGUGCCGAUGUUGCAAUUGAAGACGACAGCGGGCCUACCCGCGGCAUGUUUCGGGCCUGGUCCCAAGAUGAUGACCUUAUAUUUGGGGAGAAUCAUGGUUGGACCCCUCAUCUUGAGGACUCCCAGAUCAACUACACUAACCAGACUCCGCCUUACAGUGCACCGGAAAUAGUAUACACAACAGCCAGAGCGAUGGCGAACACAAGCAUAAGUCUGGAGUGGGCAUUUCCCGUUGAUUCCGGGUUUUACUAUCUGCUCAGAUUCCAUUUCUGCGAGUUUCAGCGGGAAAUAACGGAGCAAAACCGAAGGGUUUUCACAAUUGCUGUCAAUAACCAGACGCAGGAAACUCGAGCAGACGUCAUUUCCUGGUCCGGUGGCCGUGGAAUUCCCAUCUUCAGAGACUACAUAACAUGGGUUCCUGACGACGGCCACCGUGGGAAGAAAAACCUACGGCUUUCUUUGUUCCCUAACAUGGAGGGACUGCCAAUGUAUUCAAGCGCUCUGUUAAAUGGUUUAGAGAUUUUCAAACUCAGCGACAUUGGCCGGAGUCUUGCAGCUUCCAACCCUGGAUCUAAGACGACUUCUUCCUCGCCUGCAGCAGUGGUGAAUCCACCACUGGAGAAGAAGGGGAAAGGAGGAUCAUCGGUUGUUUACGCUGUUAUAGGGAGCAUCGUGGGCAUUCUUUCCUUAGUUGCAGCCUUGAGUUUCUUGAUUUUCAGGAGGCAGCGAAAAAUGAAGGACUCUGGAACUACGAGUGCUACCAAGACACCAUGGGUGCCCUUCUCGACCACAUCAAGGUCCACCACCAGGACCAAUGGAUCGGGUUCAUCACUUCCGUCCGACUUAUGCAGACAUUUCUUGCUGAGGGAGAUCAAAAUUGCUACAGAUAACUUUCAUGAGAAAUUUCUGAUUGGCAGGGGAGGAUUUGGCAAUGUCUACAAAGGGUACAUCGACGAUGGAGCCACUGCCGUGGCAAUUAAAAGAUUAAACCCGUCGUCAAAUCAAGGAGCACGCGAAUUCCUGACAGAAAUCGAGAUGUUGUCCAAGCUAAGGCACCAUCACUUAGUGUCUUUAAUUGGCUAUUGCGAUGAGAAUGGAGAGAUGAUCUUAGUCUAUGAUUACAUGGCGAAUGGCACUUUACGUGAGCAUCUCUACAAUUCACAGAAUUCUCCACUAUCAUGGAAGAAAAGACUGCAGAUUUGCAUUGACGCUGCCGAAGGACUGCACUACCUUCACACUGGCGCUAAGCAUGCCAUCAUUCACCGUGAUAUCAAGUCCACUAACAUCUUACUAGAUGAGAAAUGGGUGGCCAAAAUGUCCGAUUUCGGCCUGUCAAAAGUAGGGCCAACAGGUGGCGCGCAGACCCAUGUUAGCACUGUGGUGAAAGGCAGCUUUGGCUACAUGGAUCCUGAGUACUACAGGCGACAACAGUUGACGGACAAGUCCGAUGUCUAUUCCUUUGCCAUAGUAUUGUUGGAAGUUUUAUGCGCAAGGCCUGCCAUAAUUCCAAGCCUCCCAAAGGAGCAAGUGAACUUGGCGGAGUGGGCUAAAUUUUGUUAUAGGAAAGGGACAUUUGAGCAAAUUAUUGAUUCCAAUCUCAAGGAUCAAAUUGCACCCGAGUGUUUGAAGAAAUUCGUGGAAACGGCCAUCCACUGCAUUAGCGACAAGGGAAUUGAUAGGCCAGCAAUGAGUGAUGUCCUUUGGAUGCUCGAGUUUGCAAUGCAGCAGCAAGAGGGGACGGACUGUAGAGGUAGCAACAAGGUGGAAGGUGGUGACAGCUUCUUUGCAGCAAGUCCAUCAUUGCCAUUGCUCGCAGUUGGAGAACCAGACAAAACGGAUGAGGAAAUGCUUUGGGGGAGUAGUGAAGCUGCUCUGUCUGGAUCAAAGAGCAGCGGUUUAUCAACCCCCAGCAGUGAAAAGUUGAAGUCUGGGGAUAUUUUCUCUGAAAUCAUGAACCCCUUAGGACGUUGAGAUGUUGAUCGAAUUUCAUAUCCACUACCUACUAUCGGUUGUGUUUCUUCUCUUGGGUAAUUGUCAGGCAGUAACAUUUUUAUAAGUUAGUUCCUGGCACGGCGCGGACUUGGGAUUUAAAGUUUUCAUCAUUGACACGAAGGUCCAAGGUGGCUGGCUGAAAGCUAUAGUCAAUCCACCCAAUUUUUGAGCUGUCGUUUGUUGUAGAAAUCAAGUGAUCCAUGACUGGUGUAUAAGUUUCAUAUUUUCUAGUACUGAUAUCAACUUAGCCAAAUGCAGCCAAAAGAGAUGGAGCCCUGAAUUCGGGAAAAUCUGACACAAAGACAAUCUAGUACUAUUAAGAGAAGAAAAUUAUACAGGCAAGAAUUUGAAGAAUUCCACUCCAAGAAUCUCUUUAAGCAGGUAGCAACAGGAACUCGAAUAGAAUAAUUUGCUGACGGCUUUAUGUCCUUAUCAGAGAAACCCAAGUCUAGUAAAUUGAGAAGACUAUAUACUAAUAUUACAAAUCAAUCAAUAAAUUACUGGAGAAGAUUAGAUAAUCAAUUCAAUAAGAUAUUAAACUUCCCAUUGAGUAGAGACUAUUAAAUCACCCGAAUUAUGAAUAAUAUGUGAUUGUAACUUAAAUAUUCCGCUUCCUGGAGGUGCUUGUGCUCCCUCACUUGUCAAGGCAACGAAAAAC